AUGAAUAAAACAUUUCUAGUCUUAUUUUUAGUAAUGUUAACAAUUUCAGUUGUUGUGUCUAAUGAAAAUAAUAUCAAUUGGGAUGGUGCAGGUCAGGAAGCAGCUAGAAGACAAGCUGAAAAUAAUAGAGCCAACGCUCAAGCAGCAAAUGCUGCUGCCGCUAGAGAGGCUCAAAGGAGAGCAGCCGCAGGAAGUAAAUAUAAUGAUGCCAAUCACAUUUGA